AUGUCGACAACAUUAUUACCAUCAUCAACCUCAACAAUAUCCACUACAUCAUCCACAACAACUACGACAUCAUCGACAACAUCAACAACAACGUCAACGUCAACAACAACAACAGCAGGGAAUCCAUGUACAACUGGUAAUUAUGUUUGGAAUACAUCAGGAAUUACUAUACUCGAUUCAUCACAAGUAACAAAGGUCACGAAUAUGUACAUAGACUCAAAUAAUACUUUAUAUAUUACGGAUGAGUACACUAACACUGCUGUAUGGAGAUUAUUGAAGAAUGCUACAACUGCAACGGUAAUUGCUGGAAUAAAAGACUCAAGAGGAUCAAGUAAUACUCAACUAAAUCAUCCUCAAGAUGUCUAUGUUGAUACAGUUGGAACUAUGUAUGUAUCUGAUUGCUUUAAUCACCGCAUACAAAAAUAUAUUAACGGAUCAAACAUUGGAAUCACCAUCGUCGGUAUAACAAACUCAGCUGGACCUUCAUUAAAUCAAUUGAACUUUCCACGAUAUAUUACUCUUGACCAGACACAAGCAUAUAUGUAUAUCGCUGAUGGUGAUAAUCAUCGUAUUAUGCGCUACUCAACAAAUUCGACCUCAGGUGACAACGGAACUCUUGUUGCUGGCGGAAGUGGAACAAGAAACACUAUCACAUCAUUAUACGACCCAUGGGGUAUAUGGUAUCAGCCAUCUGUAAGUAGCGACUUAUUUAUCACAAAUCAUGAUGGACAUUCAGUAAUGCGUUGGACACCGGGUGCUACUUCAGGUACUUUCAUUGCCGGAGUACCAGGUGCAGCCGGCUCUAACUCUAGUCUUUUAAAUCGUCCCAAGGGUAUUAAACUUGACAACUAUCUAAAUAUGUUCGUUGUUGAUGGAGAUAACCAUAGAAUUCAAAUGUUUUGUGCCAACAAUCAAACAGGUAUUACCAUUGCUGGAACUGGUGUUUCUGGUAGUAAUACAACGACAUUAAAUGGACCAAAAGGUAUUGCAUUUGACUCAAAUAUGAACAUGUACAUAACUGAUUUUCAUAACAUGCGUGUGCAAAAAUUUCUGAAGCUAUAG